AUGUCUGAAAAACCGACCUUCAUAACAAACCAAAAGCUGCCAUCCGACGUCCAGCUCGAGAUGUUCAGGCAGGACAAUCCCGAAACCAGCUUCAUCACAACCAGCGCCGGCGCUCCGGUCCAUCAGAAGAAAGCUGUGCUCACGCCUGGGCCAAGAGGGCCUAUGCUAAUGCAGGACUUUGUCUUCAUGAAUGAAAUGGCGCAUUUUGACAGGGAACGGAUUCCGGAAAGGAUUGCGCACGCCAAGGGUGGAGGUGCCCACGGAUUCCUCGAAAUCACGCACGACAUCACAAAAUAUUGCAAGGCUCAUUUUCUGGCGGAGCUCGGCAAGAAAACACCGUGUUUUAUUCGACUCUCUACUGUUGCCGGCGAUCAAGGCUCAGCGGAUACGGUACGCGAUGUGAGGGGAUUUGCCCUGAAAGUGUACACCGAAGAGGGAAAUUGGGACAUGGCUGGAAUCAACACCCCAACCUUUUUCAUCCGCGAUCCAAUCUUCUUCCCCUCCUUCGUCCACAGCCAACAACGCAACCCAAAGACGCAUUUUAAGGACGUGAACGCAAUGUUCGGCUUCUACAGCCUGCGCCCGGAAUCGAUACACCAGGUGCUGCUCCUCUACGGUGAUGGGGGAAUACCGGACGGUUACCGGCAUAUGGAUGGAUUUAGCACGCACGCCUUCAAAAUGGUCAACGCGCAGAACGAGCCAUUUUAUUGCAAAUUCCAUUUUAAAACAAAACAAGGCAUCAAGUGGCUGAGCAACCGGAAAGCCAAAAAGAUUGCCGGUGAGGACCCGGACUAUGCCAAUCGCGACCUCUACAAUGCUAUCGAACAAAGGGACUAUCCGCAAUGGGAUUUUAAGAUUCAGAUUAUGACCCAAGAACUAGCGGAUAAAUGUGAAUUCAACCCGUUUGACAUGACAAAGGUAUGGCCCCACGGCGACUAUCCCCUAAUCCCAGUUGGCCGGUUGGUGCGGAACCGGAAUCCAGAGAACUACUUCCAAGAGGUCGAGCAAUCUGCUUUCUGCCCAGCUCACGUCGUGCCGGGAAUUGAAUUCUCACCGGACCGAAUGUUGCAUGGCCGCGUCUUCUCCUACCCCGACACCCAAUUUCACCGGCUCGGCCCGAAUCACCAGCAAUUACCCAUCAAUUCUCCAUUCGCAGCUCGGGUCCAAAAUUAUCAACAAGACGGUGUCGCGUCGAUACAACCAAAGGGCGGUUGUCCUGUGUACCAUCCGAAUUCGUUCAACGGUCCGAAAGAGCUGCAGAACUCCCACACCAAAGAGCACGAAUUCCCAGUGGAAGGCAUGGCUGGUCGGUACGAUCAGGGAGGGAUUCAGAACUUCGAUCAAGCUAGAACCCUAAGCGAUGAUGAGCGAGAGCGACUCAUUCAAAAUCUGGUUGAAGAUCUUCUGCUCUGCAAUCCGGCGGUGGUGCAGCGAUUCAUAGAUGUGGCUGGACAGGUCUCCUCCGACCUGGCCGAUCGCCUAACAGAACAAAUGGCCGAGAAAGCCUUCGAAACGGAUCCCGGAGCCAUCUGUGAGGUGUGCGGGCGUAUCGUCUCAUACAUGUGCCAC